CGUCUGCAAAUUCAGACGUCUAUUUUUUUUGGUAAUUUUUCAUUAAAAUCUGGACUUUUUGGCGUUUUGAACACUUCGAAAAUAUACUAUGGCGAACAGAAAUCCUGAAGAUAGUUUUACAACUCCAAAAGAAAAGAUUUCUGGACUUCCUGAUUAUGGAUGGCGUGUAAAUUUAGACCACCAAUUUACCGAAAAGUGCAAGCCAUUUCAGUCGCCAAGAUUAAGUCAGAUCCCAUCCUUGGUUGGACUUGGGUUAAGGUACACUCAUCAUACGCUGAAAUGUUACAUGAAAGGACGUCGUCCUCACAUGGAUUUUGUCAACCCUGUCCUGCAUAAACCGAUAUAUGGAUGCCCUAUUGGUGGUAUAGGAUCUGGAACAAUUGGUAGAGGAUAUCGAGGAGAAUUUUGUAGAUUUCAUAUGGUACCUGGAAUAUAUGACUAUCACACUGUUCAAGCUGAUGCUUUUAUUUUGUGUAUACGUAAAGACGGUCAGACAGUCUACCAGAAGGUGCUGACAGGACACAGGGUCAGUAAAUCAUUGAAGACGUGGCAGUGGGGCUUCCCACAGAAUCAGGCCACAUACCAGACAUUGUACCCACGGGCAUGGACUGUGUACAAUAUACCAGAACAUAAACUACGUUUAAUCUGCCGGCAGAUUUCACCUAUCAUUCCUCAUGAUUAUAAGGACUCAUCAUUUCCGAUGACAGCAUUUAUAUGGGAGGUAGAAAAUCAGGGAACGGAGACUUUAGAUGUUAGCAUCACGUUCACAUUCAAGAAUGGUACAGGAGGAAAGAAAGAUCAUGCUGGUGGCUGUUGGACAGAAUCUUUCUGCAACAAAGACAAGGACAAGGAGGACACUGUUUCCGGUGUUAUGAUUCACCAAAAACUUUAUGAUAUGGCAUGUACAUAUGCCAUUGCUGCUACCAAAAAGGAUGGUGUGGAAGUGAGUCAUUGUUUGAACUUUGACCCCCAUGGUUCCGGUGCUGAAGUAUGGAAUGAAUUACAUUCAAAUGGAAAACUGGACUCUAAAGAAGGGUCAAGUGAAAAGACAAGGAAAGGGAAAGAGAUUGGUGCGGCUGUUUCCACGAUGUGUUCUUUACCCGGGGGAGCAACUAAAACCCUGGAGUUCAGUCUAGUCUGGGAUAUGCCGGUUGUGAUAUUCAGGUCAAAGGAAGUGCAAUAUGCAAGACGUUAUGCGCGUUGGUUUGGGAAGUCCAGGGAUCAGGCACCACAGAUGUCAAGUUACUGUUUACAGAACUACAGCAUGUGGGAGGAUAAGAUACAAGCCUGGCAAAAUCCCAUUUUAAAUUGCAGUGCAAUACCAGCUUGGUACAAGUCCUUCUUGCUCAAUGAGUUAUAUUACGUGGCUGAUGAUGCAGAGAUAGGAGAUGGCGAUUCUGAAGUACAUUCCAUAGUGAAAGAAUACGGGAAAUUUGCGUAUCUUGAAGGUCAUGAGUAUCGCAUGUAUAACACCUAUGAUGUCCAUUUCUAUGCAUCGUUUGCCCUCAUCAUGUUAUGGCCAAAACUACAAUUAUCUCUACAGUAUGAUCUAGGAAAAGCUGUGAUAUCAGAAGAUCAGGAACGUAUGAAAUUCUGUAUGGGAGGAUCGGUAGGACACCGUAAGGUUUUAAACACAGUUCCCCAUGAUAUGGGAGACCCAGAGGAUGAACCAUGGGUUAGAGUGAAUUCUUACAACAUACAUCCCACUGUAGACUGGAAGGAUCUCAACCUGAAGUUUGUUCUGCAAGUGUAUAGAGAUUAUUUUGCAACCAAUGAUAGAGCCUAUCUAGAAUACAUGUACCCAAUUAUGAAGGUGUUGAUGGAGAGGUCAUUGCAGUGGGAUAAAGAUAAUGAUGGUCUUAUAGAAAAUGGUGGAUUUGCCGACCAGACUUUCGAUGCCUGGGUUGUACAUGGAGCUAGCGCCUACUGUGGUGGUCUGUGGUUAUGUGCACUUAGAAUGUUUGUUGAGUCAGCAAAAAUUCUCAAUGAGCAAGAUGAUCUUGAAAAGUACACAAGUAUUCUGAACAAAGCCAAAGAAUCUUAUGAAAUAAAGCUCUGGAAUGGUCAUUACUACAACUAUGACUGCAGCACAUGUGGUAACCAUGACAGCAUUAUGGCAGACCAGCUGGCUGGCAACUGGUACAUGAAGGCCUCAGGCAUCACAGACAAUACGGUUUUCCCAGAGGAUCGGGUAAAGAUAGCGUUAAAAACUGUUUUUGAGAGCAAUGUGAUGGGGUUUGCAGAUGGAAAUAUGGGAGCUAUAAAUGGCACCCGACCAGACGGCAAGAAGGACAUUACAAGCUGUCAGUCGGAAGAAUUCUGGACAGGUGUUACGUCUGGACUGGCUGCACAAAUGAUUCAAGAGGGUAUGUUAGAAGAAGCGUUCAAGACGGCAUGGGGAAAUUACAAUGUAUGCUGGGAAUGGUUAGGAUUUAUGUUUCAGAGUCCGGAGGCGUACAUGACGAGUAAACAUUUCCGAUCUCUCGGCUACAUGCGAGCAUUAGCCGUCUGGUCGAUACAAUGGGCGCUAGAGAAAUACCAUCCAGAUCUGUUUAAGAGUUGAUGACUUGUGAUAGAUUUAGUGAUAAAAUGGAACUGCUAAGAUCAAUGUUUUUCAAUAGUUAGGUGUUAACUUCAUAUCUAUUAGGUGACACCCUUUGUAUGUGUGUCAUGGCAUAAAACAACUCGUUUACAUUAUUAGUUUUCAGGUUUUAAGCAUCCUUAUGAACAAAUUUAGUCUGUUUGUUUGUUCAUGGGAUAGUUUUGUAAAUUAAUGCAUCCAGGAAAACAAUGAAAAUUAGCCAACAGGAACAUUAAUGAUUUCACAGUAGGAAACAAGAUGUUUUGUUUUGUUUUUUGAAAGCAUUUUCAAUUACAAAAUGUAGCAUUACAUAUAUCUAUGCAUUUUCUAUAUUGUUAUACUAUAUAGUGUUUGAAUUUCACAUCAGUUUAUUAGCUUACCUGAGCCAAAGGCUCAUGGUGAGCUUUUGUGACCACUCAUUGUCCGUAGUCCGUCGUCAGUCGUCCGUCAACAUUUUCUAAAAAAAUCUUGAAAACCACUGGGCAGAAUUACACCAAACUUCACAGGAAUGAUCCUUGGGUGGCCCCCGUUCAAGUUGUUCAAAGAAUUGAAUUCCAUGCAGAACUCUGGUUGCCAUGGCAACCGAAAGGAAAAACUUUAAAAACCUUCUUGUUCAAAACCGCAAGGCAUAGAGCCUUGAUAUUUGGCAUGUGACAUCAUGUAAUGGUCCUCUAUCAAGAUUGUUCAAAUUAUGCCCCUGGGUUGAAAAGAGGCCGCGUCCCGGGGGUCACAAGUUUAACAUAGACUUAUAUAGGAAAAAACUUUAAAAAUCUUCUUGUCUAAAUCCACAAGACCUAGGCCUUUGAUAAUUGGUAUGUUGCAUUGCCUUGUGGUCCGCUAUCAAAAUUGUUUAAAUUAUAACCCUGGGGUGAAAAGAGCACCAGGGAUCUCAAGCUUUACAUAUACUUAUAUAGGAAAAAACUUUAAAAAUCUUCUUGUAUAAAACCACAAUGCCUAGGCUUUUGAUAAUUGGUAUGUAGCAUUGCCUUGUGGUCCUCUAUCAAAAUUGUUCAAAUUAUAACUCUGGGGUGAAAAGAGGCCCUGCCCCGGGGGUCUCAAGUUUUGCAUAUAUAGGAAAAAACUUUAAAAACCUUCUUGUCUGAAGCUGCAAGGCCUAGGCUUUUGAUAUUUGGUUUGUUGCCUUGCCUUGUGUUCCUCUACCAAAAUUGUUCAAAUUAUGCCCCUUGGGUGAAAAGAGGCCCUGCCCUUGGGGUCCUGGAGGUCACUUAAAAAAUUAUCAGAUCAUAUUUCCUAGACUGUUGAAUUAUAAUUACCUGCUGACCCCAAGUGAUUAGGGGGUCACAUGACUGUGACCUUGACCUACUGACCGACUUUCUUGAUUUUUAAGAUACAGCCUUGAAAUUUAGAUGACAUGUACAGUUUUGCACACCAAUCUUAAAACUGACUUUCAGUGACCAUGAAUUUGACCUACUGACCUACUUUCUAAUAUUUUAGCAUCAGUUUGCCAUUUUAAACAUGUGGCUCAUAUUACUCAGGUGAGCGAUUCAGGGUCAUCAUGACCCUCUUGUUUUGUUAUUACGCCCCCCUUCGAAGAAGGAGGGGUAUAUUGUUUUGCAGAUGUCUGUCGGUGGUCUGUUGGUCGGUAUGUAGACCAAUCCAUUUCCGGAUGAUAACUCAAAAACGCUUGGGCCUAGGAUCAUGAAGGUUGAUGGAGGGGUUGGUCAUAACCAGCAGACAAUCCCUAUUUAUUUUGAGAUCAGUAGUUCAAAGGUCAAGGUCAUAGUGAUCCGGAACAGUUAAAAUGGUUUCUGGAUGAUAACUCAAAAACGCUUGGGCCUCGGAUCAUGAAAAUUGAUAGGGAGGUUGGUCAUGACCAGCAGAUGACCCCUUUUGAUUUUGAGAUCAGUAGGUCAAAGGUCAAGGUCACAGUGACCCAGAACAGUUAAACUGUUUCCAGAUUAUAACUCAAGAAUGCUUGGGCCUAGGAUCAUGAAAGUUGAUAGGGAGGUUAGUCAUGAGCAGCAAAUGACCUCUAUUGAUUUUGAGGUCUGUAGGUCAAAGGUCAAGGCCACAGUGACCCAGAACAGUUAAAUGAUUUCCGGAUGAUAACUCAAGAACGCUUGGGCCUAGGAUCAUGAAAGUUAAUAGGGAGGUUUAUCAUGACCAGCAGAUGACCACUAAUGAUUUUGAGAUCAGUAGGUCAAAGGUCAAGGUCACAAUGACCUGAAACAGUUAAACUGUUUCUUGACGAUAACUUGAGAAGGCUUGGGCCUAGGAUCUCAAAACUUGAUAGGGAAGUUGGUCAUGAUCAGCAGAUGACCCCUUUUGAUUUUGAGUUCAGUAGGUCAGAGGUCAAGAUCACAGUGACCCGGAACAGUUAAAUGAUUUCCAGCGGACAACUCAAGAACGCUUGGGCCUAGGAUCAUGAAAGUUGAUGGGGGAGGUUGGUCAUGACCAGCAGAUGAUCCCUAUUAAUUUUGAUUCUGAAGGUCAAGGUCACAUUGACCCAGAACUUUAAACUGUUUCCGGACAAUAACUUGAGAAUGCUUGAGCCUAGGAUCGUGAAAGUUGAUAGGGAGGUUAAUGUUACCAGCAGAUGACCCCUAUUGAUUUUGAGGUCAAUAGGUCAAAGGUCAAGGUCACAUUGACCCAGAACAAUAGAUCUUUUGUGAACAGUGACUAAAUAAUUUCUGUUCCUUGUGCAAUUACUGAAUGCAUCAAGGGGGGCAUUUCGUGUUCUACGAGCUCUUGUUUGAUAUUUGAACUGCUCCGUGAGAAAACCAACAUUUUGCAUUUGCGACCAGCAUGGAUCCAGACCAGCCUGCGCAUCUGUGUAGUCUGGUCAGGAUCCAUGCCGUUUGCUUUCAAAACCUAUUGCAUUUAGAGAAACCGUUAGCAAAUAGCAUGGAUCCUGACCAGAAUGCGCAGCUCCAUGCUGGUUGCAAAUGCACUAUGUUGGGUUUUUUUUGGUGCGGCUUAUUUGACAUAUUCGAAACACAAAGAAAAUUACAAAUAUAUUUUUGAUAUAUUUUCUCUGUAAACAUAGAAUCAAGAAAUUUUAUGUCAGCGAAGUUUAAUGAUAUGACAUUAACUGGUUCACCUCAGAGAAAAUUGCUUGAAAAUAUUCACAACUGUUAUUUUUUUAGUCACACUGUUAAGUAAGUUUUGCAUUGAUAAAAUCAUAUUUAUGCUAUGUAUUUUGUUCACUAUAUAUCUGCAAUAUUCAUGUUUCUAUUUUUAGCUCGCCAGAGCACGAAGUGCUCAAGGUGAGCUACUGUGACCGGUCAUUGUCCAGCAUCCGUCUUGCGUAGUCAGUAGUCCGUCAACAUUUGCCUUGUGAACACUCUAGAGGCCACAUUUGUGACCCAAUCUUUAUGGAACUUGUUCAGAAUGUUAGCCUUGAUGAUCUCUAGGUCAGGUUCGAAACUGGGUCAUGUGGGGUCUUAAACUAGGUCAGUAGGUAAGAGCAAAGGAAAAGCUUCUUACACUCUAGAGGCCACAUUUGUGACCUAAUCUUUAUGAAACUUAGUCAGAAUGUUAGUCUUGAUGAUCUCUAGAUCAAAUUUGAAACUGAGUCAUGUGGGGUCAAAAACUAGGUCAGUAAAUCAGAUCAAAGGAAUAGCUUGUGAACACUCUAGGGACCACAUUUGUGCCCCAAUCUUUAUGAAACUUGAUCAGAAUGUUAGUCUUGAUGAUCUCUAGGUCAAGUUCGAAACUGGGUCAUGUUGAAUUAAAAACUAGGUCACCUGGUCAAAUCAAAGGAAAAGCUUGUGACCGAAUAUUUAUGAAACUGGGUCAGAAUGUUUGUCUUAAUCAUUUCUAGGUCAAGUUUGAAUGUGGGUCAUGUGGGGUCAAAAACUAGGUCAUUAGGCCAGAUCAAAGGAAAAUCUUUUCAACACUCUAGAGACCACAAUUUAAGUUUGAAACUCAUGAGAAUUAGUCAGAAUGUUUGUUUUGAUAUUCUAUAGGUCAAGUUCGAUCUGGGUCUUGUGGGGUCAAAAACUAGGUCACCGGUCAAAUCAAAGGAAAAGCAUGUGAACACUCUAGAGGCCAUGGUUGUAACCAAAUCUUUAUGAAAUUUAAUCAGAAUGUUUGUCUUGAUGAUCUUUAGGUCAGGUUCAACUGUUGCUCAUGUGGGGUCAAAAACUAGGUCAGUGGGCCAGAUCAGCUCUGGUGGGCCAUAUAUAGGUAUAUAUAUAUAGAUUUUUUUUGAUAAUCAGAAGUACCAUAUCAUAAUCAUUAUGUCUUAUUACAUUACAUAUCUCAUAACUCUGUAAGUUACAAGUGGUCUUAUCUUGUCUAGUGGUUGAUAUCGCUGAUAACAUGUGCCUCAUCGAUGUUGGUUUGAGUCCGACUUGAAGCCAUCUAGUCAUGCCAAGGUCGUUGGUUCUACCAAGGUACCUACCUGUGAUGAAAUUAUGCAUGGAGGGGCACCUGGGGGUCUUCUUCCGCGUACAAAAGCUAGGAAGUCACCAUAUGACCUAUAAUUGUGUCGAUGUAGUGUUAAACACAACAAUAAGAACUGUUAAGUUACAAUGUUAUCUUGUCGUCAUAUCAUUCUACUUUGAUAUAGAAUGCGUGAUGGCAUUUAAAACAAUUCAUGUUAAAAAAGAAUAAUAGUGUAAAUAUUUAAAAUUUCUUUUGGCAUGAAAAUUUAUAGGUAUAACCAUUUAAGUAAUCAAAUAAAUUCUAGCUAUGCAUCAAGAAUCUUACAAUUCUAUAUCUGAGCCGUGCCAUGAGAAAACCAACAUAGUGGGUUUGCGACUAGCAUGGAUCCAGAUCAGCCUGUGCAGGCUGCUCUUGAUCCAUGCUGGUGGGUUAUCCAUGCUGGUCGCAAACCCACUAUGUUGGUUUUCUCAUGGCAUGGCUCAUCUUUUGAUUGUUACUGUGCCCCAAAAAUCUCUUGCUUGUUUGAUACACUUGUAAUAUUUUAUGUUGAGGUUAAUUGAGCGUUACCGUGAGCAUCACAGUUUGCGUACCACCCCAAAUAUUUUCAAAGUCCACUGAGAUAUUUCUUUGAUAUUUUGCAUACUUACUAACCAUCCUGACCCGAGUCUGUAAAAAGGAGGAGGCAACUCUAUCAAGCAUUUUGACUGAAUUAUGGCCCCUUUUCGACUUAGAAUAUGCUUAUUGUAAUGUUAAAGGUUUACUCAUAGCUUGUAUUAUACUAUCAAGCACUGAGAGUAGUCGAGCACGCUGUCCACUGACAGCUCUUGUUAGUUCAACUUUUCAGAGAAAACAAAGAGCUAUUGCACUCGCCCCGGCAUCGCCGUCACAGUUCUUAAAAGUUUUUGAUCAAGUUAAAUAUCUCUGUUACUAUCAAAGGUAUUGACUUGAAACUUAGAAUAGUUAUUUACUAUUUAAGUCUAUAGCAGGAGAAACAAUCGCCAUAGCUAUGAUUUGAAUUUUGACAGAGUUAUGCCCGUUUUUUGCAAGGAUGGUUUUGUUGAAGCUUUUGAUAAAGUCAAAUAACUAUGUUUAAAUACUAUCAAAACUUUUGACUUGAAACCUGAUAUAGUUAUUCAUGCAUGCCACACAUGUAAAUGUUAAAUAUGGCGUCCUUGAUAACAUCCACCAUAUAUAUUUGCUUCUUUUGUUUUUCGUAUUCAUAUUCAGCUUGCUGCUAUGCUGUUUGACUUUAUAAUUAUGACCUAUAAGCAGUGGUUUUGUUGCAUAAUAAUUAAUGAGCCACGCCAUGGGAAAACCAACAUAGUGGGUUUGCGACCAGCAUGGAUCCAGACCAGCCUGCGCAUCCGCGCAGUCUGGUCAGGAUCCAUGCUGUUUGCUAACAGUUUCUCCAAUUCCAAUAGACUUUAAAAGCGAACAGCAUGGAUCCAGACCAGACUGCGCAGAUGCGCAGGCUGGUCUGGAUCCAUGCUGGUCGCAAACCCACUAUGUUGGUUUUCUCAUGGCACGGCUCAUUUCACACUUUCAUUCUUCUUUGUUAAACUGGAAAACAAAUCGGGGCCAUGUUAGAGCAGUGGUGAUUCUAAGAUGAAAUCCUUUUAGUAGAAGUGUAUUUUUUUUUUCAUUUCUGUUCUUCUUUUGCAUUAAUUGAAUAUAAUUUUACUUGUAAAAGUGUUCAUUUAUUCAAUGUACAGUCAGAAUUGACAGUAUUAUCAACUGUCUAUAUAUAAAUCGUCCUUAUUCUUUUUUGUUUUGAUGUUUUAUUUCUUUAAUAUCAUAUUAUAUAUUGUAUGUAUAUAUAUUAAGAUGCAUAGUCUGUUUUAAUUUUAUACAUUGAUAAAUUUAAUUUUUAAAAGUGUGUAAACAUG